AACAAUCUUAGGUAAAGCUCGCCUCGCUCUCAAUUUGCAGGUGUUAUGAUAGCAGAGAUGGAGGAGACACUUUUAUCACCACUUGUUGUAGAUGGAAAAAUAAAUGACAUCAGAUUUAGUUUAGCAACACCUCAGGAAAUUUGUACCUCGUCCAUCAGUGAUUGUCCUGUUACCCAUCCUAGUCAGCUCACAAAUCCUUUCCUUGGUCUACCUCUAGAAUCGGGUAAAUGUGAAUCUUGUGGUACUGCUGAACCUGGACAGUGUGAAGGUCAUUUUGGAUUCAUUCAAUUACCUGUCCCAGUAUAUCAUCCUUGCCAUGUUAGUGAACUGAAACGUGUGUUAAGCCUAUUAUGUUUGAACUGCUUGAGGAUGAAGAAGAGGAAGGUCAAGGACACUCGUGAAAAUGAUAGGUCCUCAAAUGCACCAUGUGCAUAUUGUCCGGAUUUCCCUCAACUGUCUAUAAAAGAGAAGAAGAAAGAUGAUGUACUUUAUUUGGAAUUGGUGCUUCCGCCCAGGUCAAGGUUACGAGCUGGUUUCUGGGAUUUCUUAGAUAGAUAUGGGUACCAUUACGGUGAUAACGUUCGACGGAGUUUGCUUCCUAGCGAGGCUCUUGAAAUUCUUAAAAGAAUUCCUGAGGAGACCAGAAAGAAGCUUGCUGGGAAAGGAUGCUUUUCUCAGUAUGGGUAUAUUUUGCAGUAUUUACCUGUUCCUCCAAACUGUUUAUCUGUGCCUGACAUUUCUGAUGGAAUUAGUAUCAUGUCUACUGAUCUUUCUGUAUCACUGCUUAAGAAAGUCCUCAAGGAAGUUGAAACCAUUAGGAGUUCAAGAUCAGGGGCUCCCAAUUUUGAGUCUCAUGAAAUUGAAGCUAAUGGGUUGCAGUUAGCAAUUGCACAAUACCUUCAUUUUAGGGGUUCUUCCAAGGCAUCUCGAGAUAUGAAUUCAAGAAUUGGGAUCAGUAAAGAGAUAAAUAACUCCUCUACAAAAGAAUGGCUUGAAAAGAUGAGAACAUUGUUUAUCAGAAAGGGAUCUGGGUUCUCUUCACGCAGUGUGAUAACGGGUGAUGCAUAUAAAGGGAUUGAUGAAAUUGGUCUACCGCUAGAUAUUGCCCAAAGGAUUACAUUUGAGGAGAAAGUUAGCAUACACAACAUGGAGCAUUUGCAAAAGUUGGUGGAUAAUAAAUUGUGUUUAACAUAUAGAGAUGGUGCAUCCACAUAUUCACUGAGGGAAGGAUCAAAAGGUUAUACAUCUUUGCGAGUUGGCCAAGUUGUCCAUCGGCGAAUUAUGGAUGGGGAUAUUAUUUUCAUUAAUAGGCCGCCAAGUACACACAAGCACUCAUUGCAAGCAUUUUCAGUUUAUGUUCACAAUGACCACACUGUCAAGAUCAACCCUCUCAUUUGUGGGCCCUUUGGAGCUGAUUUUGAUGGUGACUGUGUUCAUUUAUUCUAUCCUCAGUCUCUUGCUGCAAAGGCCGAGGUGUUGGAGUUAUUUUCUGUAGAGAAACAGUUGUGCAGCUCUCAUAGUGGGAACCUGAACUUGCAAUUGGUCAAUGAUUCUCUAUUGUCACUGAAGCUUAUGUUCAAGAAAUAUUUCUUUGACAAAGCUGCUGCACAACAAUUAGCCAUGUUUGUUCCAAAUGGCUUUCCAGAACCUGUCUUGCUGAAGGCUUGCUGUUCUGGAGCUAUGUGGACUGCUUUACAUACUUGUUUUUACUGUUCUGGGGAGAGACACUUGAUUCGUGAAAGUGAGUUGUUGAAAGUUGAUUUUAAUAGAGAUGUGCUUCAGUCCUUGUUCAAUGAGGUUAUUUCUUCUGUUUUCUUUCAGAAGGGUUCAAAAGCAGCUGUCAAGUUAUUUAAUUCUGUACAGCCUCUGCUGAUGGAAAAUAUUUUUUCAGUAGGUUUCAGUGUUUGCUUGAAAGAUUUCUUCAUUCCCAAAGUGGACACUCAAGAUCUUCAAAUGCGUGUUCAAGAUAUGUCACCUUUGUUACUUCACUUGAGAUCAACAUAUAAUGAAUUGGUAGAGCUACAAGUUGAAAAUCACUUGAGAAGCCUAAAACUGCCAGUUGUAAACUUCAUUUUGAAAUUAUCCACACUGGGCAGUUUAAUUGACUCAAAAAGUGAUUCAGCUAUUACAAAGAUCGUCCAACAACUUGGUUUCUUAGGCAUGCAACUUUCGGAUAGGGGAAAGUUUUACUCAAAGACCUUAAUUGUUGAUAUGACUUUGUUUUUCCAGAGCAAAUAUCUUAUUAAUGGAGUUGAAUACCCGUCUGAGGCAUUUGGUCUUAUAAAGAACUGUUUCUUUCAAGGUUUGAACCCUUAUGAGGAGUUGGUCCAUUCUAUUUCUUCUAGGGAAGUGCUUGUUCGUUCAUCUAGAGGACUAACUGAACCUGGAACACUGUUCAAGAAUUUGAUGGCCAUUCUUCGGGAUGUUGUUAUAUGCUAUGAUGGGACCGUGAGAGAUGUCUGUAGCAAUUCUGUGGUCCAAUUUGAGUACGGUGGGGAGGCUGUAACUAAUCCCAAGAGCUUCUAUGCUGCUGGUGAGCCUGUAGGUGUUUUAGCUGCAACUGCAAUUUCAAAUCCUGCAUAUAAGGCAGUUCUUGAUUCUUCUCCAAGUAGCAAUUCAUCUUGGGAAAUGAUGAAGGAAAUACUACUUUCCAGAGUUAAUUUCAUGAGUGAGCCAAUUGAUCGACGUAUAAUUCUGUACCUGCAUGACUGCGGUUGUGGGAAAGAUUAUUGUAGGGAAAAUGCCGCAUGUAUAGUUCAGAAUCAGUUGAAGAGAGUCAGCCUGAAGGAUAUAUCAGUUGACUUUAUGAUUGAAUAUCAAAAGCAACGAACUUCGUCUGGGAGUUUGGAAAGAAAUGCUGGCGUUGUUGGUCAUAUUCAUCUUGACAAGAUGCAGUUGAAGUCACUGAACAAGAGCAUGCAUGAGAUUCUUCAAGAAUGUCAGGAGACUAUCAAUUCCUUCCGGAAGAGGAAAAAGCUUGCUUAUCUUUUUAAGAUGACUUUGUUGACUGUCAGUGAAUCUUGCUGUCUUCAACAAUCAACUGAUGAGAAAUGGACCGAGUUCCCAUGCUUACUGUUCUUUUUGCAAGAUACAAGUGCUGAUGCAUUGGAAAGUAACUCACAAAUCCUGGCCAACAUCAUCUGCCCUGUUCUGUUGGAGACAAUUGUUAAAGGUGACCCUCGAGUAAACUCAGCCAACGUGAUAUGGAUUAGUCCAGAUACCAAGACAUACGCUUGCAAGACUCAAAAGGGUGAGGUGGCUCUGGAAGUUUUGCUUGACAAAACGGUUGUCAAGAAAAAUGGUGAUGCUUGGAGGAUUGUUAUGGAUUCCUGCCUUCCUGUAAUCCAUUUAAUUGAUACAAGGAGAUCAAUUCCUUAUGGGAUAAAGCAAGUCAAGGAAUUACUUGGUAUUUCAUGUGCAUUUGAUCAAGCAGUUCAGCGCCUCUCAACAUCUGUGAAGAUGGUUACAAAAGAUGUACUCAAAGAGCACCUUAUACUCAUUGCUAAUAGCAUGACAUGCACUGGUGAUUUGAUUGGUUUCAAUAGAGGAGGUUACAAAAGCCUAUUUCGCUCUUUAAAUGUCCAAGUACCAUUCACGGAAGCCACACUAUUUACACCGAGGAAAUGUUUUGAAAGGGCUGCUGAAAAGUGUCAUUUAGAUUCUUUAUCGAGCAUAGUUGCAUCAUGUUCUUGGGGUAAACAUGUUGCAAUUGGCACUGGAACUAAUUUUGAGAUCUUAUGGAACAACAAAGAGAUGGGAGUGAACCAAGACAGUGGAAUAGAUGUGUAUAAUUUUCUUCAGUUGGUCAGAAGUUCAAAUGAAGUAGAAUCAAGCGGUGCAUGUCUUGGUGGAGAAAUUGAUGAUCUUAAGCUGGAAAAUGGUGACUUGGAGUUCAAUUUAUCCCCAAGGUGCAACUCUAACUUUGAUAGGCCAAUCUUUGAUGAAGCUGAAGUUGUAUGCAGCUUGGACGAAAAGCAAAUGCCAGAUAAAGGAAAAUCUAAUGUCUCAAAUUGGGAAUGUGCUUCCUCUUUACCUGUUGAAUCAAGUGGUUUCAGAGGAUGGAACACUAAUGAACGUCUAGAUUCAGAGAAUGCUGAUGCUGGAAAUCCGAAAUUGAAUGUUUGGGAUAGUUGGGGAACAGAUAAGGCUCAAACACAGGGUAAUUGGGGAACAGAUAAGGAUAAAGCACAAGCAAGCCGUUCCACAAAUCCUUCGGUGGAUUCUUCUAGAUCCGGUGGAUGGAAUUCCCUAGAGGCUAUUCAUUUGGAGCCAUCCAAUGAUUUGGGAAAAUGGGAUGAAGAACCACAUACGAGUGGCACCAAUAAAAAUGAAUCACAAGCUCAGUUGGGCCAACAAAGAGAGUCACGCAGUUGGGGUGCUACUGUGGCUGAACUACCAUUAAGUGAAACUGUAAGUUCACAAGGGUGGGGCUCUCAAAAUGUCAGUGACUGGACCACAAAUGAACUUGAAUUUCAGGACAGAGAAUCAAUAGAGUUGCCUGUCGAAUCACACCCCUCAGAUGCUAAACAAGAAUCUGCAACUCAACUGGAUAUUUCACAUGGUUGGGGUUCUCAGAGUUCAAGUUCUGGAGAUUGGAAUAAGAACGAAGCUCAUUGGGGCCAACAGAGUGAAUCACUUGGUAGCUCACAAGUUUGGGGUACAGUGGUGCAAGAGCAAAUAAAGCCUACCAGUUCACUUGGUUGGGGUUCUGAUGCUGGAGAUUGGAAGAAGAAAAAUCGCCCUUCAAAGCCACCUGGAAAAUUUGAUGAUCGAAACGACUGGAAUGCCAGUGGGAUUUUUACUGCAAGUAGACAACGUUUAGAUCUAUUCACAUUUGAGGAGCAAAAUAUUCUUUCAGACGUUGAACCAAUCAUGCAGACGAUAAAAAGAAUCAUGCAUCAAACCAGGUAGUUUUCCUAUCGAUAUCUGUGAAUAAGUUU